AUGUCACCCAUAUCGCGCAUGGCGCGCCUCCUCCUCAUCCUCCACUCCAUCGUCAACAUAGCCCUCGGCAUCUACCCGUUCAUCAACCCAGAAGAGUACUCUGCUAUUACGGGUAUGGAAGGUCCUGAUAAAACGCUACAAUCGAUCGGUCUCGGCGCAGUAGCAAUAGGCUGGUACCAACUCAUCUUUACCUUCCAGGGUAAUCGUCGCAUGAUGGCUUCGACCAUCCCGCUGAGAUUGGGAUUCGCGGCUGUGAUGUAUGGAUGGGAGAAGCAGCCUGUUAUGAUCUAUGAGUUGAUUGUUGUGUGGUUUUGUUUAUUGGGGGUGUUCGCUUAG